AUGGGGCUGACCGACGAACUAUGUAGAGCUGUGGUUGGGGCGCUUACUGUGAUAGAAGGAGGUAAGGAGAUGGCGAAGAAGGUGAAUCCACUCUUGAGGACAUCAUUCUGCAAUCCACGCCUAGAUGCCGAAGUAUCCAAGCACCGAAACCAUCUUCUCAAAGUACCAUUCUGUGUCUGCGUCCCCGUUGACCCGAACCGCGUGGAAAAUUUCGACCCCAAUGCAGUUCCCACAGUUAUGCAGCUCCUUCAAGAGCUUGACAAGGCAGGCGAGGGUGCAAACUGGGAGCAUACAAGUCUCAAGCCGUACGUCGACAUGCUAGACAGACACGUUAUGGGAAUUCUGGAUGAUGUCCGAAGGAGAGAACGGGCAAAAGCUGUGCUUCAACACACAAUUAAUUCGAUUUCGAGUCUUCCACUCGACGACAAGCAAAUGGACACUUGGAAGGCAGCCGGAACUCACGAUCACGUGAUGUACGGUUGCGCGGUUAAACGGUCCUGCUUCCUGCCGCACGCAGAAAGAUCGACUUGGAAGGAUUCAGUGAUUAAUUGCACGUGCCCACGUCGUGCCAUGGGUCCAAGCAUGUUCACUGAUGUCCAACCUUGGGACUCGACAUUGGCCGCCUAUCGCGACCAGGAAGCAUCCCCAACCACUAACGACACUCUUGAUUUUCAUCGCGAGAACCUUGGUUUUCCAUGGGCUGGCCAAUUUCCCCCCAACCUCCCUGAUCAGCACUAUCAGGCCUCAGGUCAGGGCAUACUAUACUCUCCCAUCCCAUAUCCCCCUCCUUACCUUCACGUUCAUGAAUCCAAGAUCCCGCCUGCAUUCGCUGAGGCAUGGGAGUCUCAUGAAGACGAUCUUACUCCAGGAGCUUUCCUUGAGGCAUGGCACCCCACAUUCUCUGAUCACCAUGAUCCCGUUGAUUCCAGUCACGGAUCGCCGAACUUGUCUCAACUUCCCGUGCCAUCGUCCAGCGCCACCUUACUCAACCAUCACUUACCCGCUAGAACUCCUGAGACAGCCAACGCGGACUCGGCCCAACCCCACGCACCGCUCGGUACCAUCUACUUACCACCUCCAUCAGAUAUCGUCGAUGACGAAAUACGUCAAUCUCACGCUCCCCUCAUGUCUGUUCGCCUCCGCAGGGCACGAUCCAGCGGGACAACUCGCUCAAGGACCUCGCGUAUGUCCAGACGGACAGGAAUAGAAAGGGGAGAAGCCGCAAGGCAACUCAACACUCAGCUUCUCACAACGACGCCCGUGCAACCGACUCUUAGUGUAGUACCGUUCAACACCACGUCAGUCGCGUCGCAGGCGAAAGACACGAUGAAAUCACUACUCUUACGGUCGUCCUUGUUUCCCGCAAAAGAUGACAUCGCCGCCAAGGCGACGACUGCAUGGACCACUACCGUCGAGAGCCAACCAGUUGAAUUCCGGGAUCUCGCAAGAAACGCUGCUGCUGCCGGAGAAAAGAAGCUCGUCAAUUUAGUUGAAAGUAUGCGUAACGAUUUGAAAGAAGUAGGACGACAUUUCGUAUAUUUCAAGUACGAUUUGGGCGGCGCCGUUUUGGCGACGGAGAUCCUCACGGCCGUUGAAGUCCGUGCACAUCAAACCAUUGACCUCAUCACCGAUGAGAAGUUCCUCGACGUUACCGUUAACAUUAAUGGGGACUUCGUCACCGUCCCAUUCGGCAGCACCCCCGUUUUGCAGUUUAUCAUGUACAUCACCUACGACAGCAAAUUCGGGUACGAUCGAUACCUCGGGAAAGGCGUCCCCAUGACCCGCGACAAGUUGCGACCGCUGUUCUUGAUGACAGGCACUAUAUUCCAGUGGGCGCUGGGGGAGCGCUCCAGUGGCAUCUUUACUGCCAGCGAUUUUGUUGUGGAUGACUGGCAGGCAUAUCACACAGGUUUGGAGAAGCGCUUCGACAAUAUGAGCCUGGCGCAGCAGGGAGCGCUUGACAUAUUAAUUGCAAAGCACGUCGUCUGCCCUGUUGUGGAGAACUGGCAUGCUUGCCAGAUAGACGCCUACCAAACGUUUACCAUCACCAUGACAGUCUCUCUUCAAGCUUCAAGUCAUGCACGUGUUUUCGAUCCUGUGUCUCUAAUACUGAACCCCAGUGAAAGUCCGACAUCAUGGGCCAUUUCCACGGAGGUCGACGGAUUUCCUUACAGCGCAUGCUCAAUACUGCAAGAAUCCAAGCUUGUGCAAUUCAACUGUCAACAUGUUCAAUUGAAGGUCCUGCAUUAUUACUAUUGUCGACUGACUUACUCGUCGCCCGCCUACCUUGAAUUCUCUCAUACCUUUCUUCCUCGUCACGACGACUCAAAUGAUGGCGCAUAUAACCACUCCGAGUCAUUCAACUCAAUCUUCUAGUACCUGACAUGUCUCGUGCCACACCAGUACAUUCGUUUUCAGUACUGCUACUCUGAUUCACUGAUCUGUUAUCAGCCUAGGUUUUGGAUCAAGAGGACUUCUGCUCGUUAUGGUUCGGGCACCAAUAAAUACCACGAAUGCUGUCAAGCGGUAUCAUUUUCAUUCAUUUCAUCGUGCUCUAUUCUUAUUGUUACAGAACUAUGACAUUGAAGCUUCGAAUCUGGUUACUGACCGCAUGUCGUCCGCAAAUACGGUCAAAGUCCCUGCAAAGUUCUCUAGCGGCACGUUUCAUUAGCCGGGCACCGGGGUAGGACAAUCCUAGAGGGAGGAGCUAGCGCGAAUGAGCGCGGGUAGAUUUUAUUCCCAUGUUUUGUAUUGUAUGUCAUGUUGCAAUGCAUCGAUUUCCGUAUA